AUGUCCCGUCUCCCACAGCCAUCCUUGUCUAGGCCUGGAGGCGUGCGAUCACGCCUCCAGAGCAAUCCUUCCACCCCAGUCCCACGCUCGCCCGUUACUCCCCUCGCAAAGCCUCGCGCGAAGACUCCCGUAGCUGCCCCGUCUCCGACGCUCCGAACACAGCCUAGUCUGAAGAGCCUGAAGUCCAGGUCGCCCACGAAAUCACCUGCGAAGAAGCCACAUCCUCUCCCAGCCGAAGAGGAUGUUCCCCCAUCGCCGAGGACGCAGCUUAGCAUCCGCGAGCAAAUCGCAUUGAAACGCGCAGAGGCGAAGAAGAUUGCCAAGUCGCCCGUGAAGGCAGAGUUUGAGAGCUUGGAGGACGCUUCCCCGCAUACGUACAAUCAGCCUGUGGCGCAGGAUGUUGACCUUGGGCGAUGGUCUAUCAAAGAGACAAUUGAGCGUGGGCGUAGCAGCGGCGCAAUCAAUCUCUCGUCUCGCGAUCUUCCAUGCCUGCCCUCGGCACUAUUCGAGAUCCACUUGGGUAUAAAACCAGAGCCACUAAAGUCUGUCCCGGUUGAACCUCCAAUCAGUACGUCCACAUCCGGAGCCUCAACCCGCAAGGCGGAUGCACCCUCGUGGUAUGACGCACAAGACCUUGAGAUACUCAAGGCAUGGUCCAACGAGAUUGUAGAGAUACAGCCCGAGAUCUCCAUGUUUGGCUCGCUCAAGACGGUCGAUUUACACAACAAUAAAUUAACCUUCCUGCCCGACUCGUUCGCAGACUUGAUGUCCCUCACACACGUCGACUUAUCCCACAACCAGCUAACGGCUUUGCCCACCAACUUUUGGGCCUUGCCACACCUAGCCACUCUCAACCUUUCCCACAAUUUCAUCGCUUCCCUGCCAUUCAAUGAGCCGUUCUUGAACGGCUCCAAAACCGUCGAUCGCACGAAGGACGCUCGAGGAGACUGGUUCUCGCAAACUAUCACGCGGGCAAGCGAACCAUUACCCCGCCUUGUCUCUCUCGAUGUCUCUCACAAUCCUCUUCCUGCCUCUGCAAUUGACCAUCGGAUUCCUGCGCUGCUAUCUAAGGUCUGGCUGUCCGAGAACCCUUUAGGCAAGAGCGACGCACUCCUGCGUGCCCUUGGCCGUCUGGAGAGGCUAAAGGAACUCCAUAUGCUGCGAGCAGACGUUGGCGACGACAGCUUCCCCACCUCCCUGUUUUCCUCUGCCUCCGGGAACCUCUUUCCUUCGCUCAAGGUCCUGGACCUUGAGGAGACGCACGUCACGCGACCAGCUGUCGAGUCCGUCUUCACGCCCAACGCAAUCAGACAAACGGUGCAGUUCGAUGUCACGAGCCAGGAGCCUCCAGACGGUGUCCUUCGCAUCAUCGUUGGUAAGCGGGUCGUCAAGGAGGCUUGGGAGAUCGAGGCGGAGCGCAGGGCAAAGCUCCGUCGGGCACAUGUAGCGCUGCCCAACGACGCCAACUCGAGCCAGCAAGAGCCAAAGCGCGAAGUUGCCAAGGAACCUUGGGAGAUCGAGGCCGAGCAAGGCUUGCUCACGGAGGGAGCCAAACGACGGGUCCGAGCUCAGGCUAUCGCCGCAGCGGCAUCGUCAUCCACGUCGUCGACGAAGUCAACGCCCUCGUCCCCACAGAAGCCCAACGCAACACCGAAGGUCGCAGAGAAGGAGCCAUGGGAGAUCGAGGCUGAGCAAGGUCUGCUUAGCGCAGGGGCGCGACGGCGUGCCCGCGCUGCUGCAAUAGCUCAGGCCGCUGCUCUGUCUACCAAACCCGAGUCUUCCCAGCAGUCUGCUCUUCCCCGAACCCCACGCACGCCCUCGCCCUCUGCACAACAGUCUCCAGCGACUGUAGCGUCGGCGUUAGCCAAUCCCCAAUACUACGACAAAUUGGCCCGAACGCUGACCCUCCCGCCCUCCGCAGCUCCCCUAAAGGCGGCCCACUCGCGCUCCUUCUCUCUCGCCUCGCCAGCACUGAAACGCGGACCGGCCUCUCCCGUCUCCGAGCUUGCAUUAGCGAUACCCGCCCCGACCCUUCCCCUAGCCGCCAUCUCCGCGCAGCCGCUCGCACACAAUCUCAAGGUCCUCAUCCUCUCCAAGCGGCGCGCGGACCCCUCUUUCAGCAUCCCCGCCGACGUCGCCCUUGCGCUGCCCUAUCUUGAAGAGCUUUCGCUCGAGAACUGCAACCUGGCCGACACCGUCGCUGUCUCGUACACUCACGCGAACGACUCCGCGUCCUCACCGGCAGACAAGCGCACGAGCGAGCCCAUCAUCCCGCUCAUCGCGCGGCUCUUCCCGAGCCUCAAGACCCUCGACCUGUCAUACAACGCCCUCACGUCCGCGUGCCUCACCCCCGCAGCUCUUACCCAGCUCAUCUUUGCCGACCCGACGCCUCAGCUCACUUCUGAAGAUGAAGUUGUGCCCCCGUCCGUGCGCAAGGGCCUGAGGCAGCUCCGCCUACGAGGCAAUCGCCUCAAUGAGCUAGAUGGGUUCCGGGCGAUCGCAGAGCGGUUCAGGGGGAACAGGGACGUGCCGGAAUGGAGGCUGGAGGAACUGGACUUGAGGGACAACGAGGUCGGGAAGUUGCCGGCGGAGCUUGGGUUGCUGCCGUUGGAUGUGUUUUUAGUGGAUGGGAAUACAUUCCGCAUACCACCGAGAAGGGUGUGGGAGAGGGAGGGUACGAAGGGCUUGUUGAGCUGGCUAAGGGGUCGUAUCGAAUGAAGGAGUUGGAUCCGAUGUUGAACAUGAAGUCAAGGAUUGUGUUUCAUGGAUGGUUCUGCUAUACCCUUCCCUUGGACGUGAAUCACCCUGGAGCACGGUGAACCGCCCGGAGAUCUAUCACAGGCUUAUAGCAAUACCCCGUGAU